AUGGCCCACUCACACUUUCCCGCCACGGCCAACGAGAAGGUACCGGCACUCUUUGGAUGUCCAUGUGUAUGGAGCCAUGUACCACUCUAUGGCGAUGCUCAGGAAAAGCGCCGCUACCACCACGCGCUGGCCAAGCCCAAUGCGCCCGGCAUUGUGAGACGUCUCCCAUCUGAGAUCAUCCUUUGCAUCGUCGACGCGCUCUUUGACUUGUACGCCAAGGAGGUUUCUAUGGGCUAUGAGAAGUAUUGGGAAUCAUCGUGUCUGCCCUACGAGAACGACAAGAUGUGCCCCUUCUGCAUGCUGCCUCGCUUCGAUGUUUGGAGAGACGUCGCGAACCUGGCGGCCUCGUGUCGUGCACUCUACGAACUCAUCACGCCCGUGCUCUAUCGGAGGGACGCAGAGCAGAACCAUUCUUCAGCACUGCUGAUCUCGGCAAAAAGGGGUAACCUCCGGGCUCUGAAACUUGCAUUGGAAAAUGGCGCGAAUGCAGAUGCAGACGAUUACACGAUGCCGCUCCAGUGGACGAACGAGUGCUUCCGGCAUUGCGAGCAUUGUGAGUACCAAGUUUGGUGGAGGGAGCCACGGAAACUCGAUAUGGGCCCCCUGCACUGGGCGGCGUUGUGUGGACGCGAAGAUGUCCUUCAAAUUCUGUUGCAUCACAAAGCUGGUGUGAGUCUCAAUAAGAGAGUAGUAGUCCAGCCGGGCUUGGACGCAGGGAACUUUGGCUCGCUGCGGUAUGUGGAGGACUAUUGCGACGAAUAUAACGCCAGUUUUCCCUGCCUGUCGUUGCAAACGACGAUAGGAUACAACCCUGUAAGCUCUCACGGGGCCAACGCCUUAUACUUCCUGCUGGGGACAGGCAGAAUGCGAGCGCACGGCAAGACAGUGGAUAUGGCCAAGCUUCUCGUCAAGGCAGGCUCCUCAUUGUUGACACAUGAAGCUGCGAGGCUGCAUGCUCUCCAUCAAGCAGCUGCGUACGAUAAUAUUGAGCUGGUGCAGUUUCUACUUUACAAGACAAAUGUCGAUCCCAAUAUUAUGGAUGCUGCCGGCAACACGCCAUUACACCAUCACGUCGACUCUAGGUUCAGGGUCGAGGGAGGGGCGAAGGACACAAACACAUUGUCAUUUCUGCUGAAGUUCGGUGCGGAUCCCAAUACGCGAAACGUUGACGGUCUUUCACCGUUGGACAUAUGCUUAGUUACGACAUUACUAGGCGCUGACAGGAUGAAAAUGUCGGUGCUACUGGCGCGAAAUGGGGCGAAAUUGCGGGACCGAGACUUGGGCCUUCACAGGUCAAGGCUGACUGAUGACCAACGAGAAGAACUGAACACUGCUUUUGCACAAGCUAGAGACUCCGGUAAGACCGAGUGGGCUGGGAGCAUUUGA